AUAAGGUUGCCGGUUAGAUCGGGCCAAGUGGAGCUGUCAUAUGCCGGUUAAUCUCAUCGCCCCACAUUACCGCCUUGGGUAAUCCCUUCUACGCACCGGGACUGAUCUUCUAAGCCAGCUGUCAUAAUGUCCUCUUCGAGCUCAAGAAUCUGCGAUAUCCAGGACCCUGGUGUCGAGUCAUCAGCAAUACUAGCUACCGUUCUUUCACAAAAUGGAGUACCAGCAGCUCUAUGGGGACUCCACGCAUCAGCUCUAUACGAUGGGGAGCUCGUUCCUUUGGAUAUUGAGCUUAUCAUAAAAGACGCAGAUCAAGAACGCGCCUUUACCAUCCUCACAUCGAACGGCUUCCUUCCCUCAAUCCCCGACGAGAACCCAAGACCACCUAAUAUGGACUUUAAUAUCUGGCGCGAACAAUACUCUUCACCCAGUCACUAUCGCGACCGUCGCAAGUUUCACCACGUCGCAUCUAUAUACGAACUUCCACCGCGACAAACAGUCUCGAAUCCCGAUUCUACACACCCGUGGAUCAUAAUCUAUUCAGCCGAGUUUGCAGGUCUUGCGCCAAUGCCAAGCUGGACCGAUCCGACACAAGAUACAAAAUUCGCACCACUAUCUGCACUCCCGAAAGCCAUCGCCAUAUGUCGCGUCCCAACAGACCUAAGAAACUGCUUAGUGCCGACCUUCAAGAGUCUGGUAGAGUCGGAAAUGCAUGUUCUUUUGCAACAUACUGAGCUCAAGUCCGCUUUAUGGGCUCAUCACAUGGACCAAUUAUCAGCACUUGCUCACUCAGGGUGUUGCUAUGGGGGUAUGGAUGGCUUGUCUGAGAUUGUUUCUCCGCGGUUCAAACCGUUCACAGACUGGAUUUGGCAUAGUCAAAGGGGUAGGCAAGAUUAUGGUGCUUUGAAGAAGUUGCAGAGAGACUAUAAGGAUCCAGGAGGGCGGGGUAAAUCUUCAUUUGCAGCUGAUAUCAUGGAUUGCGUUGUGUCGAUAAAGUCGAAAUUUAGCCGGUGAAUAAAUUGCAUUUGCUUGCCAGCGGUCUGGUAAUGCUUAAUCUGAGAAUGUAUCCAGCACUACAUACACUGAGUCCAUAAUACACACAUUAAAAGGGAC